GAGAGAGAGAGUUCCAAAGGUUUCCUGUGGUUGGCAUAUCACACAUGUACAUCUUUGUUUCUAAAAGGUUGGUUAAUGACUGGUUUUUUGAGGGAGGGAAGCUAAAGAAUGGAAAGUGAGAAGUCAGGAGAAUUGAUUCCGCAACCAGAAACACCAAUGGAGCCGAUGGAAUUCUUGUCCAGAUCCUGGAGUCUUUCUGCUGAUGAAAUUUCAAAAGCAUUAAUGGCACAUAAAUCAAGAAAAACGGAAUCAUCAUUGGUUGCACCACCACCACAACCACAACCUCAAACAAAGGUGAUGAAGGUAUCAAAAGUUGAAAGGGUUAGCUGGUUUAAUCACAGCAGCAGCAGCAUAAGAGGAGGAGGGAAGAAAGAUAAAGUCCGGGCAGAAAAAGCACAGACCCAUGCUGCCCUGUCUGUGGCGGGUCUGGCGGCGGCUUUGGCCUCCAUCACAAGAGCAAGAAGCAUGGAGACGAAUACGAUGGAGGAGGAUUCAAGAAUGAGCAGUGCUGUUGCGUCGGCUACAGAGCUGUUAGCAACCCAUUGCUGUGAGUUGGCGGAAUCCUCUGGAGCUGAUCAUCAUCUUGUCUUGUCUGUCCUCCAAUCAGCCAUCAACAUCCAAACUCCAACCCAUCUAACAACUCUCACAGCUGCAGCUGCAACAGCUUUGCGAGGUGAAGCAGCCCUCAAAUCUAGAUUUCCAAAACAAGCAAAAAAGAAUGCUACUGUCAUUCCAUAUGAAAAGGGAAUGCCACCUCCUGCUGCUCACACUCAAACCAUUAAAUUUAAACCCCAGGAGGAGGAGGACGACGACCACCAUCACUCUUCUACUCAACACAUGCUGCAACAAGUAUACAAAGGAGGGUUACACUGGAAGCAAGUAUCCAUAUACAUAAACAAGUCCCAGGUUAUAAUCAAGCUCAAAAGCAACCAUGUGGGAGGGGCCUUUUCCACAAAGAAUAAAGGUGUUGUGUAUGGCGUGUGCAAUGAGAAAGGGUCUUGGCCAUACUGCAAAGAAAGGGAAAAUGCAGAUACCUAUUUUGGGGUCAAAACAGCAAAAGGUCUUCUGGAGUUCAAGUGCAAGACAAACAUCCACAAACAGAAAUGGGUUGAUACAAUUCAAUAUCUUCUACAAAUCAAACAAACUACCAACCAACAUCACGCAUUCGCAUUCCAUCAAAGCUUAGACUAGACAACCAUCAACCAUGUGUCGUGUUAUGACUGCAUCUAGUCUAGC